CGGCAGCGAAAGGAGGAGAACUGGACAGUGAUAACCUUAUCAGUUCCUCAGGCUCUCUAGAGCAGCACGGCGCUUUGUUGUGUCUGUGGCCCUCCUCAAUUUCGUAUCCCAAACUCAAUCCACCAAAACCCUAAAGCAUCAAUCAUUCACCCAAAACCUCAUUUCAAUUCUCUCUCUCUCUCUCUCUCUCUCUCUCUCUCUCUCGCUGUAUAUCUGUGUCUCUGUUCUCCUUUUUGGUACAAAACAAGCGCUUGAAUCCAUGGAGUCCAAGCCCGCUGUCCCUCUUUCCGCAACCGAAGUUACGUCGUUUCACCGCUCCAACUCGUCAGGUUCUUCCCCUUCUUCUCUCUCUUAUCCCAUCAGAGCUCCUGUUUCUUUUGAUUCUGAUGACGAAAAUGAUGUCAAAACCAAUGAUUUAAAGAUAAACGGUAAGACUAGUAGUAAAGGUAGUGUGAGCAGUAGUAGCAGUGAAGAGGGUUUUGUGAGUGGGGAUGAGGGCUUCGAAACGGCGUCGGAGAGGCCGGUUGUCGGUGACCCAGAUGAAGAAACCCUAGAAAAAGCCAUGGACAUGGAAGAUAUCGAUUCCUCUUUCGUUGAAUCCUUUAUGGGUUCGGCCCCGGAGGCGUUAAUGCCUAUUGCGAAGGUUUCUUCUGAUGAUGAUGGUGACAGUGUUGUGAAGUCGCCUAAAGGUGGGCUUUCUGAGGGUGAAGAAGUAGAAGAAGAUGGAGAUUUGGUGGCGAAGGAGUCUUCUGUUGUUGAAAAUCCUGAGAUUGGGGCAGUGGUUUUGGGCGAAAACGCGAAUUUGGGUGGAGUGUUGGAUGAAAAUGCUGUUGGUGUUACCGAGGAGACUGAGGUUGAGGCUUUAGGGGAUGGUGAUAGGGAUAAGGCACUUGAGAAUCUGAAAAAGUCGAUAGAGGGUGUGAACACUGAGAUUGAAGAAGUCCUGGUGCCCGAAAAGCCAGAGGUAGAAGGGAUUGAAUUGAAGGACGAGGGUUCUUUGGAAGAGCAGAAAGUUGAGGUUUCAGACGGCUAUAUGCAGCCCUCCGAAAUGGUUGAAGGGAGCUCAGUUACAGAUGAUGGAACUGCUGAAAUUAGUUCUCUUUCCUUAGAACCAGCAGAUAAUAAGUUGGUGGAAGUUAGUGGUGUGAAUUCUGAGAAUGGAGGAGACUCUGUUGUGGAUGCCAUACAUGUUGACCCGUUGAGUUCUGAUGUUGGGGAUGCUGAAGGAAGUAAGGAUUUUGAAGCAGAAGGGAUGGGGGUACUCGUUGAUGGAAGUGUACCUUUGGAUAACGGAUUUGACAAGACUAGCUGUGAUGCUGAAGAACUUCUUGAUUCCGAGCAUGUUGAGGUACAUACGGGCUUUGAGAAGAGUGUUCAAUCUGCAAGCAACUUUAAUGUUGAGGCUGCUGCAAUGGCACCCUGCCAAGAGAAAGCUGAUGAAAAUUUUGAUGGUGAAGCUAUUGUAGUUAAUGCUGUGGUGAAAGAUGACCAGACUGGCGUUAAAAUGGACGCUUGCACUGAUAAAGAUCAUUCCCUUGUAAGGGCUCCCGGUGAUGAUUUAGAAGAUGGAGACUCGCGCAACAUGCAACCACUUGAGUCUGCUGAGCUGAGUUCAAUGCUAAACCAAGAAUUGACGCUGGAAAGUGAAGCUAAAGCAAAUCAUUAUCCAGAUGAAGGUGACACUGAAGGCUCAGUGACAGAUGGGGAGACUGAAGGCAUGAUCUUUGAAAGCUCAGAAGCUGCCAAACAAUUCUUGGAGGAGUUGGAACGUGGAACAGGAACUGGUUCCCACACUGGUGUGGAGAGUUAUCAUGAACACUCGCAGAGGAUGGAUGGUCAGAUUGUCACAGACUCAGAUGAGGAAGCAGAUACUGAUGAAGAAGGAGACGGGAAGGAGCUAUUUGAUUCUAAUGCAUUGGCUGCUCUGUUGAAGGCAGCAACCAGUAGUACCUCAGACUCUGGCAAUAUUACAAUCACCUCUCAAGAUGGAGCCAGGAUUUUCUCACUUGAGCGUCCGGCUGGUUUGGGAUCCUCGCUCCAGUCUCUGAGACCUGUUUCCCAACCAAACCGUUCCAACCUUUUUACUUCCUCCAAUUCCAAUCUCAUGGUUGGGGGAGAGGCAGAGAACAACCUUACCGAAGAAGAAAAGAAGAAGCUCGAAAAGAUACAGCAAAUACGGGUGAAGUUUUUGAGGCUUGUUCAGCGACUAGGCUACUCAGCUGAAGAUUCCAUAGCACAGCAGGUACUAUAUCGGUUGGCACUUGCUGCAGGGAGGCAAACCAGUCAAUCAUUUAGCGUUGAUGCUGCAAAGAGGACAGCUCUACAGCUUGAAGCAGAGGGAAAUGAUAAUUUUAACUUUUCCUUGAACAUCCUUGUUCUCGGUAAAUCUGGAGUGGGGAAGAGUGCUACAAUAAAUUCUAUUUUUGGUGAAGAGAGGUCUCUAGUUGGCACAUUUGAGCCUGCCACAACUGCUGUGAAAGAGAUUGUUGGAAAAGCGGAAGGCGUUGAGAUUAGGGUUUUUGACUCGCCAGGUCUCAGGUCUUCCAUAAUGGAACAAGGUUUCAAUCGCAAAGUCUUAUCUUCCAUAAAGAAGAGCACAAAGAGUUCUCCCCCAGAUAUUGUGCUCUACGUGGAUCGCAUGGACACCCAGACUAGAGAUCUUAAUGAACUUCCGUUGUUAAGGACAAUCACUAGUUCUCUUGGUUCCUCCAUCUGGCGAAGUGCCAUUGUCACUCUUACUCAUGCUGCAUCUGCACCGCCAGAUGGACCAUCUGGCUCUCCCAUGAGUUAUGAGGCGUUCGUUGCUCAACGAUCCCAUGCUGUUCAACGGUCAAUAGGACAAGCUGUUGGUGAUCUGCGGUUAAUGAAUCCAGGUUUGAUGAAUCCAGUUACUCUUGUUGAGAACCAUCCUUCCUGUCGAAAGAACAGAGAGGGCCAAAAGGUCCUCCCCAAUGGCCAAUGUUGGAGACCACAAUUACUGCUAUUGUGCUACUCUAUGAAGAUCUUAUCGGAAGUGAGUUCUCUAUCAAAAGCUCAAGAUCCGUUUGACCACCGUAAGCUCUUUGGAUUCCGUGUUCGUUCUCCUCCGCUGCCAUAUUUGUUAUCUUGGUUGUUGCAGUCUCGUUCACACCCAAAACUCUCAGCUGAUCAGGGUGGUGAGAAUGGUGACUCUGAUAUUGACUUGGAUGAUUUGUCUGAUACUGAACAAGAGGAUGAUGAAGACGAGUAUGACCAGCUACCACCAUUUAAGCCUUUAAAGAAAUCUCAGAUUGCUAAGCUUAGUAAAGAACAGAGAAAGGCAUACUUUGAGGAGUAUGAUUAUCGAGUGAAACUCCUUCAAAAGAAGCAGUGGAGAGAAGAGUUGAGAAGAAUGAGGGAGAUGAAGAAGAAAGGUAAUAAUGUUGUUGGUGCUGACGAUUAUGGUUACAUGGGGGAAGAUAUCGAUCAGGAAAAUGGAGGUCCAGCAGCUGUGCCAGUUCCAUUGCCUGAUAUGGUCCUCCCACCUUCCUUUGAUGGUGAUAAUCCAGCUUACAGAUACCGGUUCUUAGAGCCAACUUCACAGUUUCUGGCGAGGCCUGUUUUGGACACCCAUGGUUGGGACCAUGAUUGUGGGUAUGAUGGUGUCAACCUUGAGCAGGCUCUAGCCAUUGUGGGUCGGUUUCCUGCAGCGGUUGCUGUACAAAUCACCAAGGAUAAGAAAGAGUUUAACAUCCAUUUGGAUUCUUCAGUUUCCGCCAAGCAUGGGGAGAAUGGUUCAAGUAUGGUGGGCUUUGAUAUCCAAAAUAUCGGCAAGCAACUCGCUUACAUCCUCAGAGGUGAAACCAAAUUCAAUAGUUGGAAAAAGAACAAAACAGCUGCUGGAGUCUCUGUUACAUUCUUGGGUGAAAAUAUUGCUCCUGGGGUUAAAAUUGAGGAUCAGAUUGCACUUGGAAAGCGCCUGAUUUUGGUUGGUAGUGCUGGGACUGUCCGAUCUCAGGGUGAUGCGGCUUAUGGAGCCAACCUGGAAGUACGGCUCAGAGAACCUGAUUACCCAAUUGGCCAGGACCAAUCCACAUUGGGCCUGUCUCUGGUGAAGUGGAGAGGGGAUUUGGCACUUGGGGCCAACCUCCAGUCUCAGUUCUCCAUUGGAAGGAGCUCUAAGAUGGCUGUUCGUGCAGCACUGAAUAACAAGCUCAGUGGGCAGAUCUCCAUCAGAAUAAGCAGCUCAGAGCAGCUUCAGAUUGCGCUAAUGGGUAUUCUUCCAGUUGCAAUGGCUAUCUAUAAGAAUAUCUGGCCAGGUGUUAGUGAGAAUUACUCAAUUUACUAGAUCCUAUUCUUGUUGCCUUCAUCAACUAGAUUGCAACUGAAGCACCAUCUAGAUGUUGUUCUUUCAAUUUCUUGAAUAAUGUUUAUUUUUCUAUUCAAUUAAGUACUGCUCUUGCUAUAUUUUGCGUGAUAAAUUGUACUGAAAUUGAGAUGAAGAAACUACUUUAUUAGUCUUGCUCUAUCAAAUAACUACAAUUUUGGCGCAGUGCAUACAUAAAA